CCUGUCAGCCACACUGUUAAACUGUAGUACUCUACUUCAGUUCUGUCAGCACGCAUUGGGUUGCACUGGGUGCAACACGCGCAAAGUGAAGUCUAGGUCGCAAGUGCACGGCGUGGCACAUCUGUUUUACGCCAACAUACGCGCUCUCUAGUAGCAUACCCAAUGAUAAAUCAGGUUGCUCUCAUCUAGCAGUUGCUCUGCCAUGGCGUCGUUGCUGGCUUACAGUCUCAGACGAUGCAAAGGGCCGUUGCAGCCCCCCACACCGCCCAUCAUACUGCGUAGCGCACGAUCCCGCUGCGUUGCCGCCGCGCUGCCGGGCAGGGGUGUCGGGCAAUCCGUCAUGACGAUGCCAACGGACUCUCCUCUUAGCAGCAGCGGCAAGCUCGGGCCACCCACCAUCACGCCCACCACGGGCACCACGGGCAGCUUUGCGAGUGUGGAUGAUAGCGGGCCGGCAACCCAACGUCAGACCUCCGCAAGCCUCAUAGCAUAUAUCCGCGACCACGGGCUUGCUGCGACGGUGCUUCCCGAGGUGGACCCUGCAGCCUUGCCCCCCGGGUCCGCAAUUGUGAAAUCUAUCGUUUUGAUGGCGGGAGAUGCACCGCUAGUGGCUGUGGUGCUGCUGCAGGACCGUGUGGAUGAGCGGAAGAUCGCAGACCUCCUCAAUCUGGCACGGCGGCGAGUGCGGCUGGCCCGGCCGGAGGAGGUGCUGUGCCACACCGGCUUCACUGUGGGCACCGUGCCGCCCUUCGGACACGCGCGUGAAAUCCCGACAUGGGUGGACCUUGCCGUGACACGCAUGACUCGGCUGUACGGCGGCGGUGGCGACCCGGACAUGGAGGUGGAGGUGGGGGCGGCGGAGCUGCUGCGGUACUGCCGCGCCAGUGUGGCGGACGUCACCGUGACGGCGGCGGCGCCCGCCCCUGCAGAGCCGUCCGAGGAAGACGUCAUGCAGGCGGCUGGGGCAAGGCUGCCGCUGCCGUGGCCGCGCGGCAGCGAGCUGGUCAGCCUGGUGUGUGUGGUCGCGACCCGGAGGCGGAUUGCCAAGCUGCUCCAGUUCUCCAACGUCAUCCCGGAACAGGGCGGUGAGCUGGACGGACUGGCCCUGGCGGACGGCCAGGCCGUGUACCUGCGCCGCCUGUGGCAGGACCCCGACACAGGUGCGCCGGUGGAGGUGCAGCUCAUCAUGGGCAAAACCCUGGAGCGGGCUCUGGGCCGCGAGCAGGCACAGGCGUUGCUAGACCAGAUUAAGGUCGGCAGCGUUCUUGCCAUUACGGGCCGCGUGCAGCCACAUCUGGCAAAGAACCCGCCGUCGUCUGCACCUGCUGGCGCUGGCGCUAGCACCGGCGGCGGCCGGCAGCUGCGUGCGGACGUGGUGGACGUGGUAUGCAGUUCCGUGGCCAUCCUGCACAAGAGCAGAGACCACCUGAGUAAGGCGCUGCGGGCCGCCAAGCGCACAGGCCUGGGCUCCCCCGCCUCGGCCCGUGAGCUGCUGGAGCUGCAGCAGGCCGCGGCUGCAACAGGCGCCACCGCCUCAGCAGGAUCAUCGGCGGGUCUCGGCGGGCGGGAUCCGGAGGCGGAGGGCAGUGAGGAGCCUGAGGCCGGCAAUGAGGCGGUGGUGCCCAGGUCACAGACGGCGCCGCUGGGACGGUCACAUCUGCAGGGGCAGCAGACAGCGCGUGAUUGGGCCGAGAGAGCUGCUGAUGAGCAGCAGGACGGGCGCGUACUUGAGCCAGCAGCGGGACGUGCCUCAGGGUCAGAUCCUGCACCGGACACGUGGCAGAUGCGGCUGCCGCCGGGCGGUGUACAGCUAGUGGUCACGGCGGAGCAGGUGCAUGCCAUGCAGCGGGAGGUGCUUGGGGGGUUAGAGGUGGAGAUCGGGCUGGCGGCGGCGGCGGCAUGUAAGCCAUGGCAGGUUGUUGCAAUCGACUGCGAGUGGGCACCGUUCGAACGGAACCAGCCGAAGACCCCAGUCUCCAUCCUGCAGGUGGGCACACGCGACCGCAUUUACAUCGUAGACCUGCUGCAACUGCUGCGUCCAGACAGCCCUGCGGCGGCCGCCGAUGAUGGCAAGCGUGGAGGAGGGAGGGCGGCGGUGAGCGACUUCCUGUCUGCGGUGCUCUGCUCACCGCGGGUGGUGGUGGUGGGCUUCCAGCUGCAAAGCGACCUGGACCGGCUGCAGGAGUCCUACCCGCACUUGCCCUGCUUCCAGCCGCCCUCGGUGCCAGCAGCAUCGUCGGUCAGACGCUCCAGCUCCAGCCCUGAUAGCAGUAGUGGUGGUGGAAACACGGCUGGGGCAGUAGUCGUGCCAUGCAUGUGUGUGGACCUGGUGACGCUGGCCCGCGCCCUGCGGCCCGACCUCUUGCGGACUCCCCAAAUCAGUUUAACCCGCCUCGUGAACAUGGUGCUGGGCAAGCCGCUGGACAAGGAGCAGCAGCGGAGUGACUGGGCCGCUCGACCGCUGUCCGAAUCACAGUUGGCAUAUGCCGCUGCCGACGUGGCCUGUCUGGUAUCCGUGUUUGACGCGCUGGUGGGGUCUGAGGCCGCACACAGCGGCAGCGCAAACAUGGCAGUGCUGCUGGCGCGUGACUUGCGUGUGACGUUAAGGCAGUAGAGGUACUGGUGCUGCUGGUACCGCUGGCGCUACAGCGCUCAGCACGAUGAGGCGUGGAGCCUAUUUGGCACCUCUCGACCUCAAUAGUGUGGUAGGUUCUUGAUGCAGCCGGGGACACCUCUCUUCGCUUGGACGACAACUAACUCCGAAAGCUCUGAUGACGGCGCUCUUUGUUGUCGCGACUUUACAACGUCACUUGAACGUAUCACAGCUAAGGCAGCUACUGUAUGCAGUGUUCAGUCAGCUUUGCAUAGCCGUUGUUCACGUGAGUGCUGACCAGGAGCGGGACGUUGAGGCGGGAGGACAGCGACAUUCACGUUCUGGCUUACAUGCUGAAGUGUAACUGGGGUGCCUGUGGCUGGGGAUGCGAACCACUCUGGCGGCAGGCAGCUGAGCCAGCUACAGCACUAACAGCAGGCGGCCGAGCCUUCUUCGGCCGCCGCGGCACCCGACACGUGGAGACAUGGUGAUACGGUACUCCGGCGGCGGCGUCAGAGGCACCUGCGGCUGCGGACGCGACCAGCUCCGGCGGCGGUCCACACAGCCCACUGCCGAUCCUACAGCAGGCGGCCGAGCCUUCGGCUGCGGCCGGGGCCGUUCGGCGUGGCGGCCACGUAGGUGCCGCGGCGUGAGCGACGGUGGCGCCCAUGCCGCAGGUACUUGGGCUGGGGCCAGGCCCGUACCUACAAACGGCGCCCGACAUUUCGGCCGCGGUACUUGUCACGUGGAUGCACGGCGCUAAUACAGCUGCAGCACCAGCGGCUGCGGGGCGCCGGGGCCUGUUCAGCAGGCGGAUACGCUAGAGGGGCAUUCAGGAGGCGGGCCCUGUGACCGUGGGUCUCUGAGGAGCGCUGUUGAGGGUAGUAGGCAGAGCGUGGGCGAGAGAGUGACUUUGUGGCUUAGGGGUGGGUGGUCUUGGCUAGCGGGCUGCGGGCGUAAGGUUGCUUCUGACUCUGUGGAGAACUCGCCUGGUACCAGUGCCGAAGCUACGUGAGGUUUAGGUGCUGAAUAGCGUGUGCCGUCGUGGACUGGGCCUCGUCUCGCAGGCUAGGAGCUAGUUGGGGCUGUCUCUUGUUCUAGUCCAAAGCAGUCUAUGGGUGCUGGGUUUGUGGGCCUGUCGCUGUGUUUGGGCCCUGUGGAGAACUCUCCUGCUGUCGUGUCGUUUGGCUUGGGUGCUGGCAGGGGCCUGUCCGAGUGUCUUGCUUCUGGUAGGAUGCUGUGUGGUGGUGCGCCCGUUCUCGCUCUGUCUUGCAAGUCAGGCUUUCUUCGUUCAGUGUUUCCUUACUCUUGUUUCGCUUUUUUGGCGGUUUGCGGUGUGCCGGCUCUUGCCUGGUUGGCUUGCCCCUUCCCCCCGAAGGGGGAGGGGCAAUAGCCAUUGCGGUCGCAUCGAGCUCGCCGCGGGGGGCCCUCCCGGUUAUGCCAGUAACCGGGAAAGUGCACCUGGCAGGCUCCGUUGCUCCAGCCAAAAUGCUUGUUAAAUUUAAGAAGCUGCUCACUGUAUUUGUGGCGACGCAUAACUUUGCAAAAACGAGUGAAAUGAAACGAGUGAAUUGGUGUAACGCACAAGUACCGAUGCAGUGUUAGAGUUCAAGCGCAGUGUAUGUUAAGUUAUUUGUAAAAUUUAACGAGC